AUGAGGACAUCGCUCUCUGUUGGCCAACUGGCCGUCGCAUUCCUCUCUUUGUCGCCUAUUGCGUCCGCUUCUGGGCUAUGGCCUAGGUUUCUUCCAGAGAUUGACUCCCUUGUCGUGAGGGCAGACCCAGAGCCAGCAUCUUCCGAAGCGCCAGCACAAACGCCGACAGCGAAACCCACGGCGAAGCCUACAAACGAUAACCAAGAUGCCACAACCACCGCGCCCACCACGACGAAGAAGGGGCAGCCCAUAAGCACCGAUUACAACACUGGCCUGCUCACCCAAAGCGACUCUCCCUCUGGCUCUGGCUCCGGCACCGGCACCGCCACCGGCACCAAGACGAAGACGGGUACCAAGGCCACGACGACAAAGCACAAGACCUUCAACCCGCAAGACCCGCCAGGCUCCGUCGUCAUGGUCACCCCCGGGGUCUUUGCUGGCUCUCAGCUCUACAAGAUCGGCGACUACAUCACCUGGGGCUGGAACUACACCAACGUUCAGGGCACGCCCACGGCCGUUGACGUGCUCGUCUCGUGCAGGGACGCCUCGGCGACCUGGACGCUCACGCAGAACAUGACCUAUGCCACCCCGGGCUCCUUCACCUGGGACACGCAGGCCUACCAGACCCAGAACGUCGAGAAUCCGCUGCUGGUGGAUACUUACACGCUCAUCAUCCACGACUCCGACUCGGCCAUCACCGCGGCCCCCGAGGCUGGCUAUCUCGCGCCCUUCAGCGGCUUCCAAUUUGUUUUGUACACGCCGCAGCCGUACACCCCCCUUGGCAGCGGCUGGGUGUGCGCGACCUGCAGUGGCGGUGUUUCCGAUAUUGAUAAGCGGGCGCUCAGCGCGGUGGUGGCCAUGAGCGUGGUCACGGUUUUCAGCUUCACUUGGUUCGUUACCGGGUUUGGCGGAUUCAUUUGA